CCUGCAGCAUACAGCUCUAUAGAAAUAAACUCCUCCCAUAUAAACACAGCUGCAGUCACUCUACUCACAGGAUUUAAAGCUGUUUUCAAACAGGAGGGGAACAAAGUCACCUGGGAACUGAGAGCUGCGUCUCACGGAGAGCUGCGAGACGAGAGACAACACUCAGGUAUACACACACUCAGAUUUCUCCACAUGGCUCCUCAGAAGAAUAAACGGCGCAGGCUGAAUGUGGCCGGUUCUCGCCAAAACCCGCAGAGCUUUCAGGCUCAGGAUUUUCUCAAACUGCGUCAGAAAUGUCUGAGUAGUAACGCCAAGUUUGUGGACGAUAAGUUUCCUGCAGAUCGGCGCGCCAUCGGCUCGGGCCUGCUGCCGCUUACCAAAGUGGGCAAAGUGGUGUGGAAGAGGCCUUCGGAACUAGUGGAUGAUCCUUGUCUUAUUGUAGAUGGCGAGUCCAGGUUUGACUUCUCUCAAGGAGAUCUUGGAAACUGCUGGUUUUUGGCUGCAAUUGGAGCAAUAACAUUCCAGAAGGACGUCAUGGACCAAGUCAUUCCUGACGAUCAGUCGUUUGAUAAGGAUUAUGCAGGCAUAUUUCAUUUCAGGUUCUACAGAAACGGGGAGUGGGUGGAUGUUGUGAUAGACGACCAGUUACCAACACUCAGCGGACAACUGAUCUUCGUUCACUGCAAAACCCGUAAUGAGUUCUGGCCUGCGCUGCUGGAGAAAGCCUACGCUAAAGUGUGUGGUUCGUAUGCAGCAAUGAAUGGUGGCUUUAUAUCCGAUGGUCUGCAUGAUUUCACCGGCGGAGCGUACAAAACAUUCAACCUGACCAAAGCUUCUGAAAAUCUCUGGGAUCUGAUGGAUCAGGCAGUGAAGCGCAGAGCUGUAAUGGGGUGUGGAACACCUCCAGGGCCCACUCCCGCUAACACGGUGCUUCCCAACGGCAUCGUGCAGGGACACGCCUACACCAUUACUGGAGUCACCAAGGUUAAGUCUCAGGGUAAGAUGGUGAGACUGGUGAGACUGCUGAACCCCUGGGGAAAAGGAGAGUGGAAGGGAGACUGGAGUGAUAAAUCACCUCUGUGGAAGGAGGUGAGCAGCCAGGAUCGUGAAACAUGGCUGGAGGAUAAAAACAAUGGAGAGUUUUGGAUGUCGAUGGAGGAUUUCUGCAGGAGUUAUGAUGAGCUGGAUAUCUGCUGUAUUGGUGUUGACUUUCUCAUUUAAGCCACUGCAUUCUGUCUAUAUUUCAGUAAACUAUAUAUCUGUGUAUAAUCUGACAUUUUCCUUACUGACCACAGAAUAGCUUGCUGUACUGCAUUUCACUUCUGUCCUUAAGUUCUGUUCAUUUUCAUUUAAUAAUUUUGACUUUCAUUUACUACAUUUCAAAAAAUAAAUUCUACAGUACAAAUAGUCUACAUUAUAAACAGAUCAGUUAGUCUACGAUCUACGUAAUUAUUUAAAGUCAUACAGUAAGGCAGGAUGUGCAUUGCUCUGCUUUAGGGGCGUGUUUACAAUGUAGGAUGUGAAUGAAUCUGUCGAUCAUGGAUUUCAAAUAAAUUAUCUUCUAUUCAAGAUUAUUAUUCUCAUAAAGGUAGUUCUAAAAUAAAGGCAUUCUGAGUUAA